AUGCAGGCUCACGAGCUUCAAGCCCAGUAUCGCCCAGCGGCGCAGCACACUCCUUCAGCAAAGCCAACCACAUCCGGUGCAAACUCCCAGGCAUCAGCGGCGAUCAAGCUUUUGACUUGGAACUGCGGCGGAUUUUCCACAUGCAAGGACGAAUUUUACACAUGGCUCAAAACAUGUUCAUGUGACGCGGUCUGCUUGCAGGAGACUUGGAUGAGGGAAAGCUCGGAGUUUGUUGCGGGCGAGUGGACAUGUGUCCAAAGCGGCGUGGGCACUUCGGUGUCCAGAGCACAGGCAGGAGUCAUGAUCAUGCUCAAGAGGUCGGUCUUUGACAGCGGCACCAUUCGCUACAAUCAUGUAGUUGCAGGCAGAGUUCUCCAUGUUCGGGCGCAGAGCAAACACGGCUGGGUGGACAUCGUAGGCACCUACAUGCAUGCAUGGGGGAGUAGAGAGAGCGACACCGAGAUCGUGAAGAAACGCUCAAAGGUGUGGACGGCAUUACGCACCACCCUUGGUCAGAUUCCUCGAGGCAGCCAGCUGCUUCUCUGUGGCGACUUCAACACGAUCACCAAGCCCACCCCUCCUUGCAUAGGUGCAGGCACUUGCGACGGCGAGAAGGAGGCCUCCCUGGACUCAGACGACAUGCUGGGCAUCUUGCAGGACUUUGGGUUGCAGGCUGUGAACACUUUCGGCAAGCAUGGUAGCUACACCCAUGUUCUUGAACAACGCGGUAAGCAGUACCGAUCCUUCCUGGACUAUGUGAUGGUCAGGCGGCGAGGUGCUACACUCAGGACAGCCUCUCGCAUCAUUGGUGACUGUCCAGUGGCUCGCUGGCGUGGAGGUGGACGGCAUCUACCUGUGGCAGUCACAUUGCACUUCAGGCGUUUUCAGUUCGUGAAGCCCCGGCCUCAACCAUCCUGGCCACAAUGGAAGUGUACCUUGCUCACUGCCAGGAUUGCUCAGAAUGGUCCGGAUGUGCAGGCCUUCCAGGCACAGGUCGAACAUGAGCUGAGCCAAGUUUCUGUUUACACACCGGAGCAAGUGAACAGCAUCAUCCUGAAGGCCGGCCAGCAAAAUUUUUCCAUCGAGCGACAAAGCAGUUUGCAGCCGCCCUGGGAACAUCACCAACAUGUGGGCACCAUUAAGAACAUGUGGUUGCAGCGCAGACUUGCCAGCCAGCAAUUUCGGCUUUGUGUCUCAGGUCUUCGUGCGUGCUUUCGUGCUUGGAGGUGCCAUUUUCGCUUUCAGCAAAUGCAUAAAAUUGUGGCCCGCAACAGCAGACUUCUCCGGCGAUACCGUUUCAACGAACUUCUUCGUCGGGCCGAGGCUGCUGAUUACCUCAACCGUGUGGAUCAACUUUUCUUCUUGUUGCGCAGGCAUGCCCCCAAACAGCCCCGAACACGAGCACAGCUUCGGUCGAGCACGGGUGCGCUGCUAAUGCCACAAGCCGAGGCUAAGGCCCUAGCCACGUAUUGGAAGGAGGUUACCACCGCAUCUGUCCCGAGCCAGGCACCGGAACCGCUGCCUUUUGACAUUCAGCAGGAGGCGAUUCAGUCUGCCCUUGGGGCCCUACCGGCCAACAAAGCCGCACCCGCCCACUAUGCACCACAUGUUCUAUGGAGUUGUGCUGCACCCUCUGUGGCACGAGUACUAGAGCGCGGGUUGAUGCAGACAUGGAGACAGGCAGCGGCCACGGUUCCGGUCGCAUGGGCCGAUGCAUGGCUUACUUUUCUUCAGAAGCCCAACAAGGCAGGGAAUGCCCCUCAACAUCUCCGUCCAAUUGCUCUUCUAGAUCCGGUCGGAAAGGCGGUUACGGGAAUCCUUCGCGAUCAGCUCGACACUUACAUCAUCCCACACAUGGUGGAGCAGCAUCAGUAUGGUUUUCUUCCUCACAGGUCAGUGCAACGGGCCUUGGGACAUGCUUUCAUGCAUGCCGAACUGUUCGUAGCAUUUGCCAAGCUCAACAACGCCUUUGACAGGGUCGACCGGGGAUUACUGGAGGCCUCUCUGAUUCACAUCGGUCACACUCAGCGCUUCGGCACAACGCAAGGAAUCAGGCAACACCUGGUGGGAUAUGCCGACGACAACCUCUUCAAGUGGACUUUCCGUGCCAAGGCCGAGGUUACUCAGGCCAUUGCCGAAGCAGGGGACAUUGUUGCUCUAUUUGAGGGCCACGGGCUACAAGUGAGCAAAGACAAGACAGCCAUCCUUCUUCGACUGGCCGGCUCCCAAGCAACGGCCCUGCGCAGCAAAAUCACCACGAAGGUGGAAGGCAAGUGUCACCUGAUGUUGGGCCCUGACCUCACCCUGCCCGUCAAGUCUCAACACGUCUACCUCGGCACCAUUAUUUCUUUUGCUAGGUUUGAAGAAUACACUGCAGCCCACAGACGCCAGGCUGGAAUCGCCACAUACCAUCGCCUACGACAACAUCUGCACUCUAAGCGUGCCUGGCCCCUACAUAAAAGGAUCCGCCUAUGGAAAGCCUACAUCUUGCCAACAGUCUUCUACGCGUUGACGGCUUCGGGUCUCACAGCCAAGAGUGCAUCCAUGAUCAGGGUCGAAUUGGUCAAGCAGCUCAGGGCCAUCGCGGGAAGCCCACGCCAUAUUACCCUGGAGCCCGACGCCCAAUUUCUUGAAGGGCUAGGCCUGGAGUCUCCGUUGCAACUACUUGUGCACAGGCAGGUCCGAGUCUUGGAAAAGACCCGCGAGCUCCAAGGCAAACUCCCGCCACACGAUGUCAGACUCGACCCGGCACUGUUUGCGCAUGAAGAAGGUAUUCUCCAGCAGUUCCAGAAUUUUGUUCAGCCGGACUCAACAACGGGUGCUGCUGCCGACCUGCCCUGCCCUGACUGUGGCAAAUGCUUUCCAACUGCAGCGUCCCUACGCCAGCACCGUGCCAGUGCACACAGGCGAGGAGAGGACAAACCGAGUGGUGAACGUUUUGACCGGCUGCUUCACGGCAAGGACGGCCUCCCGCAAUGCAUCAAUUGCGGGCACAAAUUUCGAUUAUGGGAGGAGCUACAGCGGCAUGUCGAGCUUGGCCGUUGCCAGGCUACUGCAAAAGCUGAGUAUGAGGACGUCCACCCCCCGUUGAUAGCCAAAGUCCUAGAGGACGAAAUUGUUUUCCCGGAGGUCUUCCAUCAGCUACCGCCCCCGGACCUCAAGACCGAGCUCAACGAGAGGUGUGCACUGUGCCGAACCUGGCUCCCCAAUGAAAACUACAUGAAGGUUCAUUAUGGUCGUGUGCAUCGUGACGAGUGGCAGGCGCAUAGUGGUCGUGUCCGCGUAUGGUGCAUGAACAACCUCCCGCCCAUUAAGGGCACAUGCCGAUGGUGUGGACAUAAGGACCAAGCAGGCAGGGAUCAUCGUGCCACAUGCCCGGCUUUAUUUCAGCUGGCCAUGACUUGGUUCGUGAAUGGAGGUCCCCCCGAGGCCGCCGAUGUGACCGACCUGGCCGGCAUGAUGGACACCGAGAUUCAGGAUGUGUUCGCCGGCUGCCUGCCGGCUCUGGCGAAGAUCAGCGCGGUGAACCUUCAGGACCCGUGGGAGAUCGAGGCCACGGGGGACCAGGAAAUGCCGAACCGAGGCAAGAGGUCCCGACAGGAGCCCGAGAUGAACAAGGACAAGCAGCCUCCGAAGGGGGGCAAAGGCAAGGGCGGACGUCGCGACAACGACGGCCGAGGCCGGGGACACAACAGCUGGGGCAGCUGGGACUACAACCACGGCUGGGAUGCCAACGGCUGGGAUGCCAACAACUAG